CUGCGGAGGCUCCUUCCAGCCCUUUAAAAUCCGGCCUUCCCGAUCGAGCCUCUCGGCGUUCGAUUGAAAAGAUUCCGGGUUCUUGGCCUCUUCUCUAGAAUGAACUGCUCAGCCUGUCACCAGACCUUUCCGGAGCUGCAAAUGCGCGUGCGCAAGGGCAGCCAAACCGGAAGGCGGAAGAGCCGGGUGCUGACGGCGUUGGAUGUCCGGGCGGAGAGGAUGUUAGCCAAUGACUUGAUGGCGCAGGGAGGGCGGGAUUAGGCCCGCAGCCACUAGACACUACUGAAGUGGAAGAUGGGGUGAAGAGAAAUUCAAUGGCUCUUCGCGUCACCAUCCUCCGGCUCCGCGGAAGUUAAGCAACGGAGAGGCGGGCCUAGGACCGGAAGCAGGAAGGAGGGCGCAGGAAGCUGGGCUCCGCCAGCCGUCUUGUGUCGGUCUGUGGUCUGUCAGUCUGGAGGGCAGCAUGGAGAAGUUGCGGCUCCUGAGCCUCCGUUACCAGGAGUAUGUGACUCGUCACCCUGCCGCCACGGCCCAGCUGGAGACGGCUGUGCGGGGCCUCAGUUACUUGCUGGCAGGUCGCUUCGCUGAUUCUCAUGAGCUGUCGGAGCUGGUGUACUCCGCCUCCAACCUGCUCGUGCUGCUCAAUGAUGGCAUCCUCCGGAAAGAGCUGCGGAAAAAGUUGCCAGUGUCGCUGUCCCAGCAGAAGCUGCUGACAUGGCUGAGCGUGCUGGAGUGCGUGGAGGUGUUCAUGGAGAUGGGAGCCGCCAAGGUGUGGGGCGAAGUGGGCCGCUGGCUCGUCAUCGCCCUCAUCCAGCUGGCCAAGGCUGUGCUUCGGAUGUUUCUGCUGAUGUGGUUCAAGGCUGGCCUCCAGACCUCACCCCCCAUCGUCCCUCUGGACAGGGAUAGCCAGGCGCGGACCCAGGAUGGCGAGCCCAGCCCUGACAGCCAGGAGCAGCCCUACGUGGGGAAGCGGUCUAGCCGAGUGGUGCGGACCCUCCAGAACACCCCGUCCCUGCACUCCAGGCACUGGGGCGCCCCCCAGCAGCGGGAGAAGCAGCAGCUGCAGCAGCAGCAGGAGCUGAGCGCCUCGCCCACGCCCCUGGGGCUGCAGGAGACCCUGGCAGAGUCCCUGUACAUUGCCCGGCCCCUGCUGCACUUGCUCAGCCUGGGCCUCUGGGGCCAGCGCUCAUGGGCGCCCUGGCUCCUGUCUGGUGCAGUGGACGUCACCAGCCUGAGCCUCCUGAGCGACCGGAGGGGCCUGACACGGAGGGAGCGCCUGGAGCUGCGGCGGCGUACCAUCCUGCUGCUCUAUUAUCUGCUGCGCUCGCCCUUCUACGACCGCUUCUCCGAGGCCAGGAUCCUCUUCCUGCUCCAGCUGCUGGCAGAUCACGUCCCUGGCAUUGGCCUGGUCACGAGGCCGCUUAUGGACUACUUACCCACCUGGCAGAAAAUUUACUUCUACAACUGGGGCUAACAGAUGCCCUGGGUGGGGCGUCGGGAGGGCAGGGUGGCAUGGGCUGCUGUGGGCCAAGUGGCUCAACCCUUGGUCUCUCGGCCCCCCCUUCCCUAAUAAAACUGACUCUGGCCAUG